AUGUUGGCUCCAGAGAGUGAACCCAAGUAUAAGCGGCCCGUCAUAUACAAGACGAUCCAAGAGCCCGUCAUUCUGCGUGAACUUCUAGCAAAUGACGUUUUUCUCCUUGGCGGGCAGUUUGCCAUCCUCUGCCAAUGGGCGCAUCCUGGGUUAGCCAAAGGCAGCCUGUCGCGCUCCAACUUUGCCAGCCGAAUACCAGGCCGUCUACGAAAUACAGCUCGUUUCGUGAACGCCGCGUUAUACGGUACUCAGGAAGAAAAAGAAGCCAUCUUCUCCGUGAUUCACAGAUACCAUGCCUCUGUUCAUGGUCCUGGCUAUGAUGCCAACGACCCCGAGCUGCACAAAUGGACGGCUGCUACCUUGUUCGUGUCCAUGGUUCUUGUUUAUGAAAUCAUAAUGGGCGAGAUGCCAAUCGAUGUCAUGACAGACAUGUUCAAAGAGUCUGCCAUUUGGGGCACAUCCCUUCGCAUGGCACCAGAAAUGUGGCCAGACACUCUCGACGAGUUCUGGGAGUACUGGAACUACAACAUUGCCACGCUUGAAAUCACAGAUGAAGCGCGCCAGCUCUGUCAGGCGCUCCUGUACCCUUCCAACCUGCCAUUACACUUUCAUGCCAUGCUGCCCAUAUCGAGGCUCAUCACUAGCAACAUCUUGCCCGCCCGUCUUGCCAAGGAAUAUAGCCUCGAGCCGUCACCUUCCAGCAAGGCCUUGUUUCAGGUGGUAACGUACGGUUUAUCGACUGGGUUUUACUGGCUACCAGAGUCUGUGCGACAAUUCAGACACAGAUACUAUUUGGAAGAUCUCAAGAAGGCUGCGGCUAAGAUUCGCGACACUGGCCAUUGGGGUCAAGCUUCAGAAGGUAAUGCAGGGGAGCCUAAACUACAUAGGCUAUAG